CUCGAGUUUAUGUGGGCACGGAGGGCAUCGCGGAUAAAACCACCUUUCCACGUCGCUGUGGCUUGUCCACGUUCUAAAUGCUCCAGGAUUAGGUCUUCUACAACCAUUCGAGGCUAGCCGGUUGGAACGAGACAGCGUAGAGAUGGCAGUUCGCGGUGGUCGCGGCGAAGGUGGCUGCUGCCCGCCGUUGGAUCUGAUGCGGUCGGAGCCUAUGCAUCUAGUGCAGAUAAUCAUCCCCAUGGAGUCUGCCCACCUUACCGUCUCUUACCUUGGAGAUAUCGGCCUCGUUCAAUUCAAAGAUCUUAAUGCAGACAAGAGUCCAUUUCAACGCACAUAUGCUAACCAGAUUAAAAGAUGCGGUGAGAUGGCACGGAAGUUACGUUUCUUUAGGGAACAAAUGUUGAAGGCUGGGAUUUCUCCAUCAACAACACCCAUGACACGAAACAAUCUUGAUUUUGAUGAUCUAGAGAUAAAACUUGGGGAGCUUGAGACAGAGUUAGUUGAAGUUAAUGUAAAUAGUGAAAAGUUGCAACGCACCUACAAUGAGCUGCUAGAGUAUAAACUUGUACUCGAGAAGGCUGGUGAGUUUUUUCAUUCGGCUCAUAGUGAUGCUGCAGCACAACAUAGAGAGAUGGAAGCACGGCAAGGUGGUAAUGGUUCUCUUGAUAGUCCUUUAUUGUUGGAACAGGAGAUGCAGACAGACCCAUCAAAGCAGAUAACUCUUGGGUUUAUUAGUGGUUUGGUAGCAAAGGAAAAGGCAAUGGCUUUUGAAAGAAUCUUAUUUCGAGCUACCAGGGGCAACUUAUUUCUUAGACAAGUUCCUAUUGAUGUUCCUGUUGACGACCCUGUUUCAGGAGAGAAGAUCGUCAAAAAUGUGUUUGUAAUAUUCUAUUCUGGAGAAAGAGCUAAGACAAAAAUCUUAAAGAUCUGUGAAGCCUUUGGUGCCAACCGGUAUCCAUUCAUGGAUGAUGUUGGCAAACAACUGCAGAUGAUAGAUGAGGUCUCUUUUAAAAUCCAAGAGUUGAAAACAACUAUAGAUAUCGGAUUGCUUCAUAGAGAUAACUUGCUGAAGAACAUCAGUUACCAGUUUGAUCAGUGGUACCAUUUGGUAAGGAAGGAGAAGUCUGUCUAUCACACUUUGAACAUGCUAAGCCUCGAUGUUACAAAAAAAUGUUUAGUUGCUGAGGGAUGGAGCCCUGUUUUUGCUGCAAGUCAGAUUCAAGAUGUGCUACAGCGGGCAACUUUUGAUAGCAAAUCCCAAGUUGGAUCAAUUUUUCAAGUUUUACACACAAAAGAAUCUCCACCUACGUAUUUCAAAACGAACAAAUUCACUUCAGCUUUUCAGGAAAUUGUUGAUGCCUAUGGGGUUGCCAAGUACCAGGAAGCAAAUCCUGGUGUAUAUUCGAUCAUUACAUUUCCAUUUCUAUUUGCUGUCAUGUUUGGUGAUUGGGGUCAUGGGCUGUGCUUGUUAGCUGUAACAUUGUUUCUAAUAUUUCGAGAGAAAAAACUGUCUUCGCAGAAGCUUGGAGAUAUUAUGGAGAUGGUUUUUGGUGGCCGUUAUUUAAUUUUAAUGAUGGCUAUAUUCUCAAUUUAUACGGGGUUGAUAUAUAACGAGUUUUUUUCAGUCCCGUUUGAAAUUUUUGGACCUUCUGCCUAUGCAUGCCGUGAUUCCUCUUGCAGUGAUGCUACUACCGAUGGAUUAAUCAAGGUAAGACGUACCUAUCCAUUUGGUCUGGAUCCCACCUGGCAUGGUAGUCGAAGCGAGUUGCCAUUUCUCAACUCAUUGAAGAUGAAGAUGUCAAUCCUUCUUGGAGUAUCUCAAAUGAACCUUGGAAUCGUGAUGAGUUAUUUUAGGAACGUUCUAAAUAUUUGGUUCCAAUUUAUUCCCCAACUCAUCUUCCUCAACAGCCUGUUUGGGUACCUGUCACUCCUUAUCAUUGUGAAAUGGUGCACUGGUGCUACGGCUGAUCUAUAUCAUGUUAUGAUAUAUAUGUUUCUUAGUCCAACUGAUGAGCUUGGUGAAAACCAACUUUUCCCUGGUCAAAAGACAUUUCAGCUUGUCCUCCUCCUACUGGCCUUCAUUUCAGUUCCUUGGAUGUUACUUCCCAAGCCAUUUCUCUUGAAGAGACAACAUGAACAAAGACACCAAGGCCAGGCAUACGCCAUGCUUCAGACCACUGACAAUGGCUCUCUUGAGGAGCAAGAUAAUGAUCCACAUCACCAUGAAGAGUUCGAAUUCAGCGAAGUUUUUGUGCACCAACUCAUUCACACUAUAGAAUUUGUUCUUGGAGCAGUCUCAAAUACUGCAUCGUAUCUUCGGCUUUGGGCAUUGAGUCUUGCUCAUUCAGAACUGUCCAGUGUGUUCUACGACAAGGUUCUUCUCCUUGCCUGGGGGUUCAACAAUAUCAUAAUCCUCGUCGUCGGCAUCAUCGUCUUCAUUUUCGCCACUGUUGGUGUUCUGCUUGUCAUGGAAACACUCAGCGCAUUCUUGCAUGCUCUCAGGCUUCACUGGGUGGAAUUCAUGAAUAAAUUUUAUGAGGGAGAUGGAUACAAAUUCUCACCUUUUUCUUUUGCCCUGCUUGAGGAGGACGAUGAUUAGUGCAGAUUCUGUAUUUCUAGAGGAUUGAGUUGUGAUUUUUAUUAUAUUUUUAUUUGUGCUUAGCAGAAAAAAUAAGGGGAGGGGAGGGGUAUGUUGAUAUGAUACGGAGGAGGACAUUAUUUGCUUAAAUAAAUGUGCUUCUUCGUUGGGACAUGAUAACAUUAUGUGAUAAUUUGGUGUUAGUGAUUAUGUUUUUUUAAUCUAUUUUUAA